AUGGCGCAGCAGCUCGUGGCGGCUCACGCGGUGCGGUCUGUCGCGCCCCUCGCGCGCAUCAGCAAACGCUAUGCAGAGCUCAAGACGGUACCGCUGCGAAGCUGCAACAACGCGCUGCUCGGGUCGCUCCCGCAGAUGCCGUUUACGGGCUUUGAAGUGCUGUUCUUAGGUACAGGUGCAGGAUCGCCAUCGGCUCGACGCAAUCCAACGAGUGUUUGCGUGCGCUUGGGACGCAGUAACUGGAUGUUUGACUGUGGCGAGGGCAGUCUGCAGCAGAUGAUCAAGAGCACAAUGUGUGUACCGCACACGACGAAGUUCUUCGUGACGCACUUGCACGGCGAUCACGUCUACGGCCUGCCAGGGAUUCUCUGUACGCUGGACAACCACAACGCCGAGCACACGGACCCACGGACGAAGAUCAAGUGUCCACGACCUGUGGACGUCUAUGGACCGCUUGGACUGUUUUCGUACUUGAACACGGCCAUUUCGACAAGCAGCACGAGACUGACGAACCUCAGGGUCACUGUGCAUGAGCUAGUGUGUCCCGGUAUGCUGCACAAGACGACGGCGCAUGAGAAAUUCAUGCGGAAUGCACCACAACAUCCUAGUCUUCAGCGCAGGUGGAUUCACGCGGAGUCAGACGGCGACAAUUCUGUAUGGAACGUGCUGGAUGAUGGCAAGUUUACCGUGCAAGCAGCUACACUGAAGCAUACGGUUACGAGCUUUGGUUAUGUCGUUGGAGAAUACCCGUUUCCUGGAAAGUUGAACACCGAUGCGCUGCGUGAGCGAGGUCUGCCGCCUGGACCGAAGUACCGUAUACUUAAGAUGGGGGGUAGUGUCGAGCUGCCGAAUGGAGAGACUGUUUACGCGUCGGAGGUAACUGGACCAACGGCUCGCGGACGAAAAGUGGCCAUUCUUGGCGAUUCAGCCGACUCUUCCAGAAUGUUUGAUAUAGCACAGAACUGUGAUGUAUUGGUCCAUGAAGCAACGUUGAGUCAUAAGAUGGUCAAGCAGGCGGUGCAUCGUGGACACUCGACGGCUCGCAUGGCAGGGUAUGCGGCUAAGAAGAUGAACGCGACCUUACUCGCGUUGACGCAUUUUAGUCACCGGUUCCGGCACUGGUCAGACAGCUACUACGCGUUUACAACGCUUCAUCUGGCGUUGGAGGCCCAAGCAUCUUUCGGUCGACGAGCGGUUGUACCUGCAUCUGACUUUCUCCGCAUUCCUAUCCCCCGCCCACCUCAUGAAUAA